AUAUUGGUUUUUUCACUACUCUUGCUGCUUCUGCAUUGUAUGGAUUUGUUUUGCCUUCAAUUGAAUUGAUUUAUAAGAAAGCAAAACAAAACAUUACAUAUUCUCUUGUUAUGGAAAUUCAGUUUGUUAUCGGUUUGUUUGCUACUCUCUUUUGCACGGUCGGCAUGAUAGCAAAUAACGAUUUUAAGGUGAUUCCUAGGGAGGCAAGGAAUUUUGGACUAGGGGAAAAGACAUACUAUGUGGUGUUGGUGAUGAGUACAAUGUUUUGGCAGGCGUUUUUCUUGGGAGCAAUAGGAGUUAUUUUUUGUGGUUCAUCUUUGUUAUCGGGUAUUUUGAUAGCUGUUUUUUUGCCGGUAACUGAAGUGUUGGCGGUAAUAUUUUAUAAAGAGAGAUUUCAAGCUGAGAAAGGGGUUUCUCUUGUACUUUCUCUUUGGGGUUUUGUGUCUUAUUUUUAUGGUGAGAUUGAACAAGAUAAGGAAAAGAAGAAGAAACGUGCUGUGGAGACAGAGAUGGGUCAUAGUCUUGAAGUACUACCUGCUCCGUGAUUGCUAUAGAGGUUUGUUGUAGAAUUAUUGAAAUGCGUGUUUUGUGCGAAGGAAAAUGCUUUAAUUGAAUGUUUUUUGUAAGAAAAAAGGGGACAUGCAAGUGUAAACUACUAAACUAGUUUACCAGAGAUUGUUUAAUUGAUUGUUUUUAUGAUGAUACUCCUUCCAAGAGACAACGGAUCUACCUGGGUCACGGCUCUAUUAAUAGUUUACAAUGUAGGAGUGCAU